AUGUUUUUGUUAAUUUUAUUAAAGGUAAAAUUGUACCAGACAAUUGAAGGAGGCAGAAAGGUGAGAAUGAUCAUAAACCCUAACCAGCACAUAAUAAGUUCGGCACUCCUAAUUGCAUCGUUCAACCCGAAAGAUGGCGAGAUCAUACAAUGGAGUUGUGCCCAUUCGAAGUAUGAACUGAGGAACGAGAUCCUGACUGGUCCUGCAAGUUUAACUACUAGUACAUGGUUCGCAAAGAAGACGAUUAUUAUUUUUGAAUUUGAACUGAAGUCCAUGUCUGUUGAUUUGCAGUUGGAGGUUGACACGACCUCUUCCAAGCGAAUCUGCGUCAUCGCUAGGUCAGUCAUGCCUCUGCAGAUCUUAUUCUUCUUGCACGAGUCUGUAAUAAUGGUUGACGCAAUGAAAAUCAACACGUUGUACAAUUAUCAAGUGCAAAUAAAUGGAAUGCUACUCAAUAAAUUUGAUGUUGUGUUCGUGAAAAAAGAUAACAUUCCGGAACGCAAGGAUAGUGUCCAAGUGUUCCCAAACAAAAGUGUCAUUUUUAGGACAUAUGAAGACAAGCUCUGCUACUACCAGUGCACAAAGGAGAUGCUGUGCAGCCACAUUUACUACAAGCACAUCAUCCAAGUUGUGCCGAUAGAGAUACAAGUUCACCCGCAGCCAUUCCCCAUCGUUUUGUCGAAGCGCGACGACGAAAAAUUUUGCAUCAAACUCUUCAACCAGCUGACGUCACAGAAUCACUCGCUGACCUUGUCCAUCAAAUAUGCUUUCUACCAGGCCUCCGACUCAAAAAACAAAACGUACGAGAAGGAAACAGCAAACCCAGAAACGACGGAAUACAGAGAGGUGGAGUAUGAAGUUGCCAACAAGGUCUUCUGCUUCAACGUGCCUCAGUUGGGGCACAAGGGUCGCCUCUUCUACAUCCUCUCGCUCUGGAUGGCCAACAGCAAGUACACCUCGCUCUAUGAUGUUACUUACGACAACUUCACGAAAGCGCGGGAGGGACAAUUCAUAACUGAUCCAGAGUUGGUCGUUAAGUUUGAUGAAAAAGGAACGUUCCUUGACAUGAACAAUACGGAAAAGAACGAAAUGAAAACAGUAGUGCAGACGACAGUGGCAGAUUUCGAGGACAGAAUAUUACAACAUGGAAGACAAAAUGAAAUGGUGAACUACAAAAUUGAACUACAAAACAUGUAA